GGCCGCCGCGGGCCGGGCCGGGCAUGAGCGCGGAGGGGCCGCGGCCGCCCCCCGCACCGCCCGGCGCGCCCAGGCCGUGACCGGGGCGGGGCGCGCGGCCGCACUCGGGCCCGGGCCCAUGGGCGCGCCGAGCCGGGCUUGCGGGCGCUGAGCGGGCGGGCGCGGCCGGAGGAGCCAUGGACUGCAGCCUCGUGCGGACGCUCGUGCACAGAUACUGUGCGGGGGAGGAGGACUGGGUGGACAGCCGGACCGUCUACGUGGGGCACAGGGAGCCCCCACCGGGCACCGAGGCCUACAUCCCGCAGAGGUACCCCGAUAACAGGAUCGUCUCUGCCAAGUACACGUUCUGGAACUUCAUACCCAAGAACCUGUUUGAACAGUUCAGAAGAAUAGCCAACUUUUACUUCCUCAUCAUAUUCCUGGUCCAGCUCAUCAUCGACACGCCCACGAGCCCCGUGACGAGCGGCCUCCCCCUGUUCUUUGUCAUCACUGUCACGGCCAUCAAACAGGGUUACGAGGACUGGCUGCGCCACAAGGCCGACAGCGCCAUGAACCAGUGCCCCGUCCACUUCAUCCAGCACGGCAAGCUGGUGCGGAAGCAGAGCCGGAAGCUGAGGGUCGGUGACGUCGUCAUGGUCAAAGAGGACGAGACCUUCCCCUGUGACCUGAUCUUCCUGUCCAGCAGCCGCGCGGACGGCACCUGCCACGUGACCACGGCCAGCCUGGAUGGGGAAUCCAGUCACAAGACCCAUUACGCAGUUCAAGACACAAAGGGUUUCCACUCGGAGCAAGACAUAGACGGCCUGCACGCCACCAUCGAGUGCGAGCAGCCCCAGCCCGACCUCUACAAGUUCGUCGGCCGCAUAAACGUUUACAACGAUCUGAACGACCCCGUGGUGAGGCCACUAGGAUCGGAAAACUUGCUUCUUAGAGGAGCCACGCUAAAGAACACCGAGAAAAUCUUUGGCGUCGCCGUUUACACGGGCAUGGAGACCAAGAUGGCCCUCAACUACCAGUCGAAAUCGCAGAAGCGCUCCGCCGUGGAAAAGUCCAUGAACGCGUUCCUCGUCGUGUACCUGUGCAUCCUCGUCAGCAAGGCGCUGAUCAACACGGCCCUCAAGUACGCCUGGCAGAGCGAGCCUUUCCAGGACGAACCCUGGUACAACCGGAAGACGGAGGCAGAGCGGCAGCGGAACCUGUUUCUCCGAGCGUUCACGGACUUCCUGGCCUUCAUGGUCCUCUUCAACUACAUCAUCCCCGUGUCCAUGUACGUCACCGUGGAGAUGCAGAAGUUCCUGGGCUCCUACUUCAUCACCUGGGACCAGGAGAUGUUCGACGAGGAGACGGGGGAGGGGCCCCUGGUCAACACCUCGGACCUGAACGAAGAGCUGGGACAGGUGGAGUACGUCUUCACGGACAAGACGGGCACCCUCACGGAGAACAACAUGGAGUUCCGGGAGUGCUGCGUGGAGGGCCACGUGUACGUGCCCCACGCCGUCUGCAACGGGCAGGUGCUCCCCGACGCCGCCAUGGACAUGAUCGACGCCUCCCCGGACGCCAGCGGGCGGGAGCGAGAGGAGCUGUUUUUCCGGGCGCUCUGUCUCUGCCACACCAUCCAGGUGAAGGACGACGAUGAGGUGGACGGGCCCAGGAAGUCGCCGGACUCCGGCAAGCGCUGUGUGUACAUCUCGUCCUCGCCCGACGAGGUGGCCCUGGUGGAAGGCAUCCAGAGAUUUGGUUUCACGUACCUGCGGCUGAAGGACAGUCACAUGGAGCUUAUGAACAGAGACAAUGGCAUUGAGAGGUUUGAAUUGCUGGAAGUACUGAGUUUUGACUCCGUAAGAAGGAGAAUGAGUGUAAUUGUCAAAUCUGCUACAGGAGAAAUUUAUCUGUUUUGCAAAGGAGCCGAUUCCUCCAUAUUCCCCCGAGUGAUAGAGGGCAAGGUGGAGCAGAUCCAGUCCCGCGUGGAGCACAACGCUGUGGAGGGGCUCCGGACCUUGUGUGUCGCCUACAAGAGGCUGGAGCCGCAGGCCUACGCGGGCGUCUGCGGGCUGCUGCAGGAUGCCAAGGUGGCACUUCAAGACCGGGAGAAGAAGCUAGCGGAGGCCUAUGAGCAGAUAGAGACAGACCUGAUCCUGCUCGGCGCCACGGCCGUGGAGGACCGGCUGCAGGAGAAGGCGGCCGACACCAUCGAGGCGCUGCAGAAGGCGGGCAUCAAGGUGUGGGUGCUCACGGGCGACAAGAUGGAGACGGCGGCCGCCACCUGCUACGCCUGCAAGCUCUUCCGCAGGACCACGCGGCUGCUGGAGCUCACGACCAAGCGGCUCGAGGAGCAGAGCCUGCACGACGUGCUGUUCGAGCUGAGCAAGACCGUUCUGCGCAGCAGCGCCAGCCUGACCACGGACGGCUUCUCCGGGCUCUCAGCAGAUGCGCCGGACUUCGGGCUGAUCAUUGACGGAGCGGCGCUGUCUCUGGUGAUGAAGCCCCGGGAGGACGGGAGCUCCGGCAACUACCGGGAGCUCUUCCUGGAGGUGUGCCGGAACUGCAGCGCCGUGCUCUGCUGCCGCAUGGCCCCCCUGCAGAAGGCCCAGAUUGUUAAAUUAAUCAAAUUUUCCAAAGAGCACCCGAUUACUUUAGCCAUUGGUGACGGCGCAAAUGACGUCAGCAUGAUCCUGGAGGCCCACGUGGGCAUAGGUGUCAUUGGGAAGGAGGGUCGCCAGGCCGCCAGGAACAGCGACUAUGCGAUACCGAAGUUUAAGCAUUUAAAGAAGAUGCUCCUUGUCCACGGGCAUUUUUAUUACAUUAGAAUAUCUGAGCUUGUGCAGUACUUCUUCUACAAGAACGUCUGCUUCAUUUUCCCUCAGUUUUUAUACCAGUUCUUCUGUGGGUUUUCACAGCAGACCCUGUACGACACUGCCUACCUGACGCUGUACAACAUCAGCUUCACCUCCCUGCCCAUCCUGCUCUACAGCCUGAUGGAGCAGCACGUGGGUGUGGACGCGCUCAGGAGAGACCCCACCCUCUACAGAGACAUCGCCAAGAACGCCCUGCUGCGCUGGCGCGUGUUCGUCUACUGGACGCUCCUCGGCCUGUUCGACGCCCUGGUGUUCUUCUUCGGUGCUUACUUCAUGUUCGAAACCACGGCCGUGUCCAGCAGCGGGCAGACCAUCACCACCAACACACACAUGGUGUUCGGGAGCUGGACCUUCGGGACGCUGGUCUUCACGGUCAUGGUGCUGACCGUCACCCUGAAGCUGGCGCUAGACACGCACUACUGGACUUGGAUAAACCACUUCGUCAUCUGGGGGUCCCUGCUGUUCUACAUCGUGUUCUCCCUUCUCUGGGGAGGCGUUAUCUGGCCGUUCCUCAGUUAUCAGCGGAUGUACUAUGUAUUCAUACAAAUGCUGUCCAGCGGCCCCGCCUGGCUGGCCAUCGUCCUGCUCGUCACCGUCAGCCUCCUGCCUGAUGUCCUCAAGAAAGUGCUGUGCCGCCAGCUGUGGCCCAGCGCCACCGAGAGAGCACAGAGGAGCCCGAGCCGCCGAGCCCCGGCCGACGCCGCUGCGCCGAGCCCCGACCGGCCCCUCCUGAAGGACCCCGAGCCGCGGCCAAGGCGCGAGUAGCCCGCGGAUAGGUAACGGCGCCCGGUCGGGCAGCCCCGUGUGCAGUGCGCUUGCCGAUUAUCCAUUUUCCUCCAAAGUUUGGCUGUGCUGUGCCAUUUCUGAUAGGUUCAUGCCCUCCGAGAAAUGCUUUUACACGGCGUGGUCUGUGCCAGGUAAGUGGCCUGCCCGAGGCCAGGCUGCCUGGGCCGCAUGCCCUGCACACACACACACGCCCGUGUCCGCCGCCGCCGCCCACACAUGUCCGGUGUCGCGUCUCCAGAACACAACUCCUCAUACGCGGUUGUGGGAGUGGCUUCACCUCCAAGGUCCGUCAGGAGAGGCCACCGGUUGAAUGGAAAGAGGAUAUGGCGCGGGUGGCCCGGGGCGGGGGGGCAUCCAUCAGCCUGAGAGUCGGGGAGGGAGAUGAGAGGCCCCCGGCCGGUGGGGGACGCCGGGCUGGAGACGGCUGCCUGGCAGGACGUGGUCCGGGCGAGGUCAGCCCUCCCACUCGAGGGACCACACUCCCCUCCUCCACCGGCUGUGGUGAGGGGGCGAGGGGCCUCCUGCUUCUCCCCGAUGGUGGCCAAGGAAGGGGCACGAUCUCAGCCAGGACACCGUCCACCCGUCUGGGUCCAGCUGUGUCCUGGGAGAGCCCGGCCGGCAGUGAGGGCGGCAGGUCAGGUGGCAUGAGACGGCGUCGCCGGGGUCCUGGCACUGACACUGUGCUUUGUAUUCCGACAGACCGAGCGCUUGGUGUCAGGACCACGUCAGGGGAGUCACCCCCUUGCCUCCCUGUAGACCCAGCCCCGGGCAGCGCCCUGGGAGGGCGGGAGCGCUGGCCCCUCCCGCCCCACGCAGCUGAGACCCUGCCCCGCGGCCCCAGGGGAGGCCGGACAGAUCCCGAGUUCCAGCCUUUAGAGCGGCCGGCAGAGGGAGGCCAGCGGCAGGACCCGUCGGGGCGCCGGCCUGGCUGCUUUCUUGGCUGUGCAACUCUGCGGCUACCUGGAAGGAUGGCAAGGCCACCACGCCCGAGCUCCGGUGAAGCACAGCGUCCAGUCCCUGCUCCUGAGCUCCCGCACCUCUGCUUUGGGGACCAGCCUGCACCACCCUCGGGCUGCAUCGGGUCCGAACCUGCCAUCAGGAAGCUGACUGAGGGGUGUGCCUGGGCAGCGUGUGCUCCCCCAGGGAGAGGGCGCCUCCUCCCAGUCCCCCAGCUGCCCCUGAGCAGAGGGGAGCCUGGCGCUGAGCCGGCACAGAGUCCGGGCUCCCUCGUCGCAGCCCCCGGGAGCCUUCCGGCUUGCUGUGGCUGGGGAUCCAGGGCGCCCAGGGCUGGCAUCUGGCUGUGGUGGUCAGACCCCCUUCCAGCAUCCCCCUGGGCAGGGCUGUCGUCCUCCCAGGUCUGUGUCAGGCCACGGGCCAGCCCUAGACGCCGCCCGCGCUCUGACCAAGCCGGCUGGGCCGGCCGCCGCCCCCGCUCUGCCCUGGGUGCUGCUGUGUUCCCUUUGCGCGAGGUGGGGAAGGCCCCGAGCUCUCAAGUCCUUGUCACUUCCUGCACCAGUGUCAGCGCUCUUUCUAGACGUAGCCUUAAUGGUCCAAAGAGGAGACAUUUCCGCUUGAGAUUCAAACUCGAGACGGUAAAACCGCUGCCUUCGUAGGAACGUGUCACCCAGAAGCUAAACGUGGCCUCCCCGGGCUCAGACUGGAACGUUGCGGAGGGAACACCGCUUCCGAGAUGCGAGAUGCUUGUGAGGCGGUUUGGGGCCGUUCAGAUUUCACAGUUGGAAUAAUGUUUCACCUCUAAGAUAUUUAUUUGAAGUGGGGAAUGAGUUAUCAGUGAACACGGGUGGCUGGAGUGAAGCAAGGCGAAGAGAAACAUACCAAAGACAGACAGACAGACACCGGGCUUAGAGCGAGCGGGGGCGGGGGCACGUGCCCUCCAGGCUGUGCCACCCCUACCCUGCCUGUCACUCACACCCCACGUCCUGUGUGUGGUCCACCCCAGACCCUGCACACAGUGGUGUGUGCGUUUUUACAGCCGUUUUUAAGAAUCUAAUAAUGGUACAUAAAUGUCACACCUGUGGGGGACAGAGUCUCUGUAUGUUUCGUUAACAAAUUCUUUGUAAUGUAUUUUUUUAGAAAUCUUAAAAUUGCCUUUGCACUGAAGUAUUUUCAUAGCUGUUUAUAUCUCUUUUAUUCCUUUAUUUGGUAACAUACCAUAUCUAAUUUUUGAGGUAUGUUUUUAAAGCUUUUAUUUUUUAAGUUGAUGAAAUUUCGGCCACUUUACAUUUAAAUUCUGGGGAGACUUUUGGCUGAAUGCGUCCAUAACUGAUGAAUGUGAAUUUUCAGAUUUGAUUUCAUUCUCUACACCCGUUCCCUCUGUGGUGUUUCCUGCUGCAGCGAGUGGUUAGAAGGCUUAUUCAGAUUCUGACACUUGGCUUUUUGCUCACGGUUCUUUCCAGUUUCAUCUGCUCUUUGGUUUUUAAUUUCUCUCCUUCAGCCUUAAAAUAGAAAGAAGCUUCUCGGUGGUUGGCGUCCUCUUCCUGCCUGGCUAGAGAUGGUUACCAGUUCCCUCGGGUACGUCCAGCCUCCUUGCAAAAGUCUCCGGCCACCACACCCUCCAGAAUGUCUUUUUCAAGUUGCCUGUGAAAGUAUUAACCUACUUACUUUUGGGGCCAUGAGACGGAAGUUAGGUGAGGGAAGGAGAGCGGAGCCUCGGAAGUGACAUUUCAGCCCAGAGCUAAGAGAGUCCCGCCUGACGGUGGGUGGUAUGUACUUGCCUUAAACGAACCGCAAAGCAAGUAAUUGAAGCAUUUUGCUUAGUUCUGAAAAUCUUACUCGCAGCUGCACGUUGAUAUAAAUUAGGAAGCCGUCGUUUCCCCCGGUGGCCCGGACAUCUGGGUUCCUGACCCGCUCGCCACCCCCCACACAGCAAGCCGAGUGUAAGCCUGUCCAUCCUGCUUUCCCCCCACGCACCGCACGCAUAUCCGCUGCCUGAGGGGACCUUGCCUCCGGGGGUGAAGCUCCUCCCUUUCAGGAAGCGCGGGCCCCGCCGUUAGGAUGGGUGGCCGCCAGCAGCUCCUGGACCACCUGUCCAGCAUCCAGAGCUGGGAGAUGAGACCCUCUCUUGGCAACUCCUGUUAGAGCCCAAGUCAGCCCACUCCUGUGCGCCUGACUGGAUGGGGUGAACGCAGACCAAAGGACCCCGAGACUGCGGGUGGCCAGAGGUGCCCGCCUCUGCAGCAACAGGUUUCUACAAGCGUAGUUUAGCCUGGCGAGAUUGUGCAGCUUGACCUGGAGAAAUGCCUGGCACACGCCAUGUAACUCUUCUUGAAUUGAUGGGCAUCGCACGUUCAGGGCCACCUGAGGGAAGUCUCGGCCUUUUCCUUUAAAACCACUAGGCUCAUCUGUUUUGCACUGACUAUCAAUAACUUAAUACACCCACUCCCACUUCUCUUUAAAUGAAUGGUAUUUAUUUGACAGCUCAGUGUAACAGCUUGCUAUGCACUUUCUUUUGGAAGCUUCCCAUCUGAAACUUGGAAAACAGGAAAAAUGUCAGCUGACAGAUGUAUUCAUUUUUUUUUUUUUUGUUAAAGUUAGCGGGUAGGUGAAUGGGGCUAAGACUCAUUCUGAUACUGUGUGUAAACAAGCUUUAAGGAAGACGUGCCAGGGCGUUCAAGUGUGAUUCUACUUUUGCAGAAAAAAAUCUAAAGAUCAGUUUAUAGAGCUUUAUUUUUUACCCUAUCGAAAUAUACAGAAUUUUAAUAUGCGUAUGUUGUCUCCGACUUAAAACUAGAAUACACGUCUGCCUUGCUGUUUAACAUGCCCACUCAUCGUGUAGCGACGUAAUAGCAGAGCCUCCUCAGCCAUAGGCUUAACACAGACGGAACCUGUAGUUGUUGUCGUCAUAAACACUGGACUUUAUUUUUAAAUUAUUGAAUAUGGUAGGUGCGUUCAAGACUAUAAAUCAGCCUCCAAACCAUAAUGUUUAAUUGCAAAUAAAUCAUUAACCUGCUCUGAAACAUUAAAUUGGGAUUAAACCACGUCUCA